CGUUCAAGCUGACUGCCGCUUCCUCAGUUCGCGAGUUCGCCUUUGAAAAGAUUAAAGCUUGUGCCCUGACAAGCAACCCUGGCCCUGGGCAUCCCAGCUCACUCCACAUUCUCAGGCUGGACAAACAUCUGAUGCGCCUGGCGACUUUUUGAGCAGGCAGCCAGGGGGACGCUCCAGGAAAACUCAGAGUCAGAGAUCACGGAAAAUUGGGGCGGGGGAGUGGGCCUUGAUCCAAUGAAGCGGGGAUUUUUGCUUGGGCAGAAGCAGGACCCACUAAAGCAUGCCAGAACUGGCGAUGUAGGGGGAGGAGAAGGAGUUGCGUCUGCCAGCGCUGUUCCUUCAGGCUAUUCUCGGAAUGCACCUGAAGAAGCAUCCGGCACGGAUGCUCAAGAAGCUCUUGCCUGCCUCGAGAACCUGUGUAAGAACCCCAGAGGACAUGACAAUCCACCCAACAUGGACUAUAUCUGGGAGGACGACUAUGAAGAGGAGCUUUUGCAGUGCACAGAAGCUGCUUUAUCAGCAAGAGUAGCUCCGGCGAAGGUGCAGCAAAUGAUUGCAGAAGCUGCAGACAGGGACUUGCUCGGAUAUGUGCCUUCAAAGCUGCAGCGAGCCAUCAGUGAGAGGCUGAGCCCGGAUGCAAUGGUGGGGGGCCAGAGCUUUCUGCACCAGCUUUUCAAUCAGGAUUAUCCACCACAACCUGAGGCCUGGGGGCAGGAGGGAGAGGACCUGACUCUACCACAGCUAUUGAAGAAGGGCCCCACACCCGAUAAGCGGGAUUCAAGGGGAGAAACCAUUCUGCAUGUUCUGAUAAGGCGGACUAUCAACGGGAACUAUUUCCCCGAUGACUCGACCUCAGGGAUGAUGUACUCCGGCGAUAUUGAGAGAUGGGCAGAUCGAGCGAAACACUUUGAGCCCACUUUCAAGAUGUUGGUGGAUGCCGGUUGGACAAUGCAUGUUUGCGAUGCAAAGGGCGUUUCAGUCUUGAAGAGAUUGAGAGCUGCAAAAGCUCAAGCCCAGAGAUUAGUAGGUGACUCUAAGGUUAAGGGUAUGUCCGCCACGUUUGCAACCAUCCCUUCCUUGCGAGCUGGUGGAGGAAAGGUGGUAGAAAAGCUGCUCAAGGAUAGAAAUAGCAUGUUACAAGCAUUUGCGAAUGCACCGGUCUAUGUGGAAGAGCGGGGACUUGCUUGAGGAACAACGAUGUUUGGUUGGAUAAGCGCAAGGGAGGGCCAAUAAGCGGCCCCAAGUGGAAAGAUUUAUGAUGUUGUGUAGUAGAUAAUGCGCAUCAAAUGUGUGUGCCACAUAGAAUUGUGGGCUCUUGAAGCUAGUUUUAAAAGACGAUAGUAUACUGUAGAGUCGCGCAGGCCAUCUGAUUGUAACAUCCUGUAAAUAAGGAAUCUUC